UUUUUUGCUUGUCAUUACAAAAGUUACAAAUUGGAAACAUGGCCGGUGGAGCACAAUUUAUGAAUACAAAUGUUAAUGAAUAUUUAACUGCCAAGCAAAAUAGCUCCAAUAAAGAGCUUGCAGCAGAAUGGGCACAAUUAGAAGAUUUCUACAAUAAAAGGUUGUGGCAUCAAAUUACUUUAAAAUUAUUAAAUUUUGUCAAAUCACCUGAAUUACAACAAGGCGAAGAACUUAUUAACUUAUAUAAUCAGUUCAUUUCUACUUUUGAGAACAAAGUUAACCCGUUAUCUCUUGUGGAAAUUCUUGCGCACGUCAGUGAACAAUAUAAAGACAAAAAAGAAGCUGUUGUAUUUUUGGAAAAGUUAGAACAGAAAGUUAAAGUAAAUUCCGAUGCACAAAGUUUAUGCAAGGUUUUACAAGGUCAAAUUUAUUUGGAAAAAUUAAAUGAUGUUGAUAAUACGAAGAAAAUUAUUGAAGAUGUCGAAGCUGUUUUAGACAAUGCAGAUGGUUUAACAACUGUUCAUGGUCGAUUUUAUUUACUAGCUUCACAAUAUUAUCGAUUACAAGGAGAACAUGGUCAGUAUUAUCGUACAGCUCUUCGAUAUUUGGGUUGCACAGACUUGGAUACUCUAUCAAUUGAAAAACAACAUGAACACGCAUUCUUUUUGGGUUUGGCUGCAUUGUUGGGCGAUGGAGUUUAUAACUUAGGAGAACUUCUUGCGCACCCUGUACUUGAAACGUUAAAGGGAACCGACAACGCCUGGUUAAUUGACCUUUUGUAUGCUUUUAACUCAGGUGAUAUACCAAAAUUUGAAGCAAUGAAAGCUAAAUGGAAAACAAUUGCUGAUUUAGCUGCACAAGAGUUAAAAUUACGUCAAAAAAUUUCACUACUCUGUUUAAUGGAGAUGACCUUUAAACGACCAGCGCAUGAUCGUCAAUUAACGUUCAGUGAAAUUGCUCGAGAAACAAAAUUACCUGAAGAUGAAAUUGAAUUGCUGGUAAUGAAAGCAUUGGCACAAGGACUGGUGAAAGGUGCUAUUGAUCAAGUAGCAAAUGUGGUAAAUAUGACAUGGGUACAACCCCGCGUUUUGGAUCGAACACAAAUUGCUAGCAUGGUACAAAAAUUGGAUAUUUGGUGUAAGCAUGUGGGCACAAUGGAAACUCUUUUGGAAAAUCGGGCAAGCGAAAUACUUACUUUAUAAUUUUUAUUUAAACAAUGAUUCUUCAGUCAUGUAUUUUUUUUUUGUAUGAAUACAAAUUUCGAAAUAAA